CGAUCGUGUAGUGCAAUUGAGCAUCAGGGCAAAUUGCUGUCUGUGUAGCUGUUGCGGUUAGAAUAAUAUUUAAGAUUUUCUAAUUGUUUAGUUUGAAUUAAACUAGUAAAAGGUGAUUCUGCUAAGAUGGUAUUAGCCGAUAGAAAUUCAGAAACCGUUAGAAACGGAAGAAGAUCUCGUGGACCGAGCCCAAAUGGUCAUGCAUCCGAUUCCAGCAGCGAAGAGGAGGCUGAAGAGAAGAUUCGGGUUGGAAGGGAUUAUCAAGCUGUAGUUCCGGAACUCAUUCCUGCACCGGAUAGACGCCCUGAACAAUGUGCAGAGCGAGCAUUACUUGUUUGGUCUCCAACAGCAGAAAUCCCAGACUACAAAUUGGACGAGUAUAUUUCCCUAGCAAAGGAGAAAUAUGGUUACAAUGGGGAACAAGCCCUCGGCAUGCUUUUCUGGCACAAACACGAUCUGGAACGGGCAAUUCUUGACCUGGCAAACUUUACCCCCUUCCCAGACGAGUGGACAGUGGAAGAUAAAGUGCUUUUCGAACAGGCCUUCCAAUUCCAUGGCAAGAGUUUCCAUCGGAUACGACAAAUGCUACCAGACAAGUCAAUUGCCAGCCUUGUAAAAUACUACUAUUCAUGGAAGAAAACAAGAAGUCGCACCAGCUUAAUGGACAGGCAAGCGCGAAAGCUUGCAAUCCACCGAGAAGAGGGAAGCGAAGGCGGCUCGGAAUUAGGCUCCAACACUGACUCAGACUCUGACGAGAAGAAAUGGACAAUCCAUCGAGGCAUUCGGCGUAAAAGUGGAUCUCCCCCGCGGCCAGCGCAGAACAACGAAGAGGGGGCAGCUCAAAAAGAUGGAGGAGCGGAGGGUGGGAAGAGCUCGUGUGCAAACUGUGGAGUGGCGUGCACUCACACACACGCUACGCCAAAGGGCAGCAUGUGCAACACCUGCUAUCAGCACUGGAGGUUCCUUUGAUACAUCCUGUAAGGAGCGUACGGGCAGUGUUCGUCCCACAACGGGACCCGUGAAGCGUGAUCGCCAUUGCCACACACUUCUUCGCCACAAACGCAAGCCACCUCGUGGGAUGUACAUCAAUCACGAUGAUUUGGUGACAAUGGCCUCAACGACCUCUGCAUCUGCCCCAGGAGCUCAGGGCGAGCAGAUGCUUAAAGCAAUGGAUCGUGAGAUUGUCUCGCUGAAACGUCUUGUUCAAAACAACAAGCAAACCUUGAGUUCGUACAAGAGGAAAACUGCAGAAGGUAUAGAAGAAUUUCGUCCCCAGGAUUCAAAUGCCCGCAUCAAUGCUCGAUGGACUAACGAUGAGCUAUUGCUUGCUGUCCAAGGAGUACGUAAAUACGGGAAAGACUUUAAAGCCAUUGCGGAAGUGCUGGGAACAAAAACAGAAGCACAUGUCCGUAGCUUCUUUGUGAACUAUAGGCGUCGUUACAACCUUGAUGCUGUGUUAAAAGAGUUUGAAGCAGAGAAUGGACCCAUUGUGGAAACAGACGAAAAAGAAGAGAAAAUGGAGACGGACGGUGUAUCUUCAGGCAGUGAAGCCAGUACUCCCACACCCAGUGCCAGCUCCCCAGUCACUGUGGGCUCUGGUGCAAACGCCCCCAAUGCCAAACAGGGCUUUCCCAAAGCCCCUGUGGGUCCUGGGCAGGCUGCCAAAUGAUACUGGCUCUAGCGUAAGGCCCGGUAAUUGUUUUUAUUGUUAAUAGGAAGAGAUGGAAAUUUAAUGUAUAAAUAUUAUUGUGAAGUCGCAUCAGAAUUAUUAGGGAAUUAUUCCAAUCAAGUAUCCAUUUGAGAUGCUGCGUUUUUAUACAUGUACAUCUGUCUCCUGCUUGUCAGGAAGAGAAUUGUUAUCUUGGAAAGGUGUCAAUCCAAUGAACUAAGAUCCCUGUUUUAUAAAUAAGAUUGCAAUAUGUUCUUGAUGUUUUACAAUAAUUGUAAUAUUUGGAGGAUUUAAGUUGAAAAAAAUUAUUUAUUUUAUAUAUAUAUAAAUGUAGUAUAAAUAUGUAUACUUCUGGGUGUUGAUGUGACGGAAACCAGUGAUGCAACGGCCAUAUGUACACAAAGCACUGGACAUUCAUGCUUUCUAGUGUAUGUACCGCUGCUACUACAUUGUUUUCGUGUGAAGAUGGAAAACAAUUUCCAAGAUGCAAGAUACUCUGGUUCACAGUCGUCUGAUACUGUUCCUUCAGUGAUGUAGAAGACACUUUUACCAUUGGUUUUGUAUAUCGCAUUCAAAUGUCAUUGUCAUAACAGGGUUAUGUUAUUUUGCCUACAUAGAGAUAAGUGUGAGAGAGUAGUGUGCAUGCUGUGUACUUACGUGCCUGUAUGAGUGAAAUCAAAAUCUGUGUUUGUCCAAGAACCUGCAAUUAAACCGUGUACAUCAUAGAAAGUACAAUUGAGUUUUGAGAGCAACUGAAUUUGAUAUAAAUUGCUGUGUAUGAAUGCAAUGGACUAGGGGUGAGAAGGCAGUGAAUGCAAUAAAUUGUCUCAUUGUUUUCAAAAUAUAAUUUUUAUUACCUUAUAUAAACAGUAAUCCGAAAAAAAUAUGAUAAUCUGUUGCUAAAGAAUAUCGGAUUAAUGUAAUGUCAAGUAACAAAAAGUGAUUAUAUUUCAAUUCUUAAUCGACUGAUUUAAAAAAUAUAUUUUGCUGCAAGAUCAGAACUCUUGUAUUUAAUGCAACAAAAUGGUCUGCCAAAAAGUGUAAUCCAAUUCCUUAUUAUUUCAUUAUCAUUGAAUAAGGAAGUCAUAUGAGAUUCCAAUUACCUGUUUAAAAAUGUGACUUACAUUAAUUACAAAAAAAAAAAUUGUCACAGAGUUGUGCUUAAAAUCUGAUCAGUUCUGUAAAAUCAAAUUUUGAGUAUGAGGUGAAAUUGUAUUGUUGUUAGAGUUUUGUUAUGAUCAAAGAUCGUAUAAAUGGAGGAGGAUUGAAUGGAUCAUGCUAGAAAACAGUUGAAGUUGAUGAAGUAGAAAAAUUGAAGUUCUGGUUACAUUCAUUGCUUUCUCCAGAAGAUGAACAUGAAGUUGAAAACUGAUGGUGUACAUGGUGUAAUUAGUUGAAACUUUUUUCACUUGAAAGUAACAUGGGAUUUGGAAAGUGUUACCAGAUAAUUUUUACAGUUAAGAAUAAUUGAUGUUCUAAGUGCUAAACAAAUUUUUAAGGGAACAGGCAUUGACUAUUAUUUUACAAAUGAUAAAACUAUUACUGAUACAAAUUGUUAUUGUUGUUAGUACUAUUUAAAACUCUGGUCGUGAUUCUUAAUAUACUCAAUCAAUUGUCGAAUUCUGGAAGGUUCAUGGUUAUCAGGUUUAAUUUACUCUCAUAUUAUGCAUUUAUGUCCUAAGUGACAGUCGCUCAGAAAAUCUAUAAGUGAAAUUUUUUUGUAACAAAUUUCAAGAGAUGUUUGCACUGCUUUGACUUGACUACUAAUAAUUAGGAUUAGUAGAUUGUCAGUGGGUUUAACCCCCAAAAUGUAUUGGGACAAAUUUUCCAGUCGUAAGAUGCAGUGUUCAGUUAUGGAGCAAUAUAGUUAGAGAUGUGUGAACUCAUGGUCAAGUGCUGCAAAAGUUGCAUGAAAUCCAAGCCAUGACUCUGUUUCCAGUUCUGGUUCCCAUCCAAAAAAUGUUUAUCUGUGAUACAAAUACCAUAUAUGUAUAUAAGCACUGAACAUGCAAUUUUAUUUUUGAGACAUUGAUUUAGUUACUCUAUUAAGUAUGUAUGUAUGUGUGUUUUUUUAAUUAUAAUUAGUCUUUCCUUUUGUUUCUUUGAGGAAAAUUGUAUAUUUUGAAGAUUUUGUAUUGUUUUCAUAAGAAUUAAGUUUGUUCUUUAAGGUUACAAGCUGAAAGUGUUUGCGUUAAAUAUGAGAUUCUGUGAAUUUUAGCAUCUUCACUUUGAGUGAUAACUUCAGCAGUACUAAUUGAAGAAUUAGUGUAUCAUUGUUAUUCCUGAUAAGUUUAGAAGUGUGUUAAGGUAUGUUUUGUGUUCCAUCAGUAUUCAUUCCUAUUGCGCAUUGUUCUCAUAAAGACAUAGCCUUAGUAAGGAAAAUCAAAUUGUUAAUCACUGCAAGUAAUGCUGAAAUAUGUUUUUUUCUUUUCCAGCAGCUUCGUGUGAGUAAAUUUUAAUAAAAAAAUUAUAAUUUUAUCUAAAUUUAAUGUGGUGUGCUUUUGCAUUGAUUUACCAAAUCGAUCAGAAUUAUUCUGUUCAAAGAGGCUUUGUUUAAUUUUAAAACAUGCCAAAUAUUAUUUUGAAUAUUUAUUUGAAAAUUGGUCCAUCUCUAUUGAUUAUAGCCAUUUUCUGCCAAGAAGAAAUUGUCUCAAAGUGAAACAUGCAAAAUCCUUUUUAAUUUUCUGGUUUUCUUUGUUACUGAGUAAUGAGAAGAAAUUGAUUAUUUCUAAUUUAUUUUUUCCUUUGUGUUUUUUGUUUCUGUUCUGGAAAUUCUGCUAGUCGCAAAGCCUAUUUUAUUAUUAUCAAAUAAAUUACAGUGCCCUGAAUAAUUUCCAUGGUUCAGAAAAUAGUAAAAUUCAGAUUAAUAAAAAAUUAAUUAAACUUCUUUGUAGAUGAGUAGUACAUUACUGUUUUUAUUUUUAACAGGAAGGCAUUGGCUUUCGCCUUAUAAUUUAAUGAUUGGAUUGAAGAUUAAUGUGAAAUUUGAAUGUUCCAAAAUUGUGGUGGGAUUUGAUGAAAGUUUCCUAUUGGGAACUGAAAUACAGUUGAAUGUACUGUGUUCUAUUGAGAAAACCAUGAAAGUCAAAAAUCUUGAACUUUACAGAAAGCAAAAAAAAAGUGUACCUUUUUACUGCUUUCCAAGGAAUGAUGUUUAUAAGAGUCUAUACAUAGUUGUGAGCGAGUUUAAACAUAAAACUAAUGGUGUUUCAUUACAUUAAAAUAAUAAAAAUAAAAUUAAAGGUCUUUGUACAGUAGCAGUACAUCAGCUUACUUUUUUUGCCGCUUAGAUUGCUAAAACUGCCAGUUUUACAACUUAGCAUUGAUUACAGGUGACAAUGUUUUGUUUUAAACUGCAAUAAAAUAUUGACUUCCAUGGUUUUCACUCUAGGGUGACGAUAUCUUAAUUGUAUUGUAUUGUGUGCCUAAUAACAUGACACCUCUCCCAAUUUUUGAGAGGAACUUAUUCUGAGGCAAAGUGUCCCACAAUUGAACAUGUGGUAUGAAUGUUUCUUGCCUGUGAAACAGCAAGUUAAGGGCAGAUACUUUUCCCUAAUCAUAUGUUCAACAUUAAGAAUUUACACAUCUCUAGCUAUGUAACAUUUUAAUCUAUUGAAUAGCAUUCCACUAUGGGAAAGCUGAAAUUUGAUCUGUAAAUAUUUGCAAUGUGAUGUACAAAAGGAAUAGUGUCCAGAGUUUAUUGGUUACACAAUUAAUGUCAAUAAGGGGAUUUGAACCUCUGAAAUUUCAAUGGUGCAUUUUGAAUGACUGUUUCCAUAUCAAACACUAUACUUAUCCAUGUUGUAUGGAACUUUUAUGGAGGAGGGUCACACUGCUUAUUUCACAUUUUAAGCUGACAUGCCAAGGAAACAAAAUGCCAUGCGUUUCAUAAAGGGUUACCUUGCCCAGCUCGCAACUAUGAAGCAAUAUGUCUUAUUCCAGUUACAUGCACAGAAAGAAGUAAAUAUUUUGUCUUGGGAUUUCCAAGAUUAUUUAGUCAAAAGGGUCUCUUUAAAAACUAUUCAUUAUUACAUUUGUUAAAAAAAGUGUAAAUAGGGCACAGGCAUGUAUGCAAGAUUUGUGCCAAACCGCACCUUCUUGAUUGUUUUUCAGAGCAUCUGAUAAAAUAAGUUACCGAAAUUAAUGACAAUGCUCUGAUUCAUUUCUGGUAUUAAAAAUAUUUGCAUCAGCAUCUAGAAUCUUGACCAGCUGUCUUGAUACAGUACUUUUUUUUUAGUUGUACAUGCUGGAAUUGUCCAACUUGCUUUUUUUGGAGAGGUUUUUAAAGAGAUACAUUGACUGAAGAUAAAAGUCUUAUGCUUUUAUUGGCUUGUGUAGAUACCUUAAGAAAUGGCAAUUAAAAUAUUUACUGUGAAGUUACAUAAGCUCACUUUGUAUUAAUUUUUUAGGAUUGCACAGUACCACACCAAAGGAGCAUUAACGUUUAUUAUCCAUUCUAUUUGGGACUGUGUCAUGUUUUGUUAUGUUGUUUCUGAUUUUACUAUUAUAAAAUUUACUUAUUUAAGUUUACUUACUAGUUUUAUAUGUACAGGAAUUUUAUAUUGAAAGAGUUUGGACUAAUUUUGGAUAAUCUUCAUUAAAAUUGUAUUUAAGUCUAUACAUAGCAAACAAUUAGAAUUAAAUAUUUCGUUAUAGGCGAAGAAUAUCAUAUUAUAAUGUCAGGAUGAAAUAUUUGCAGGAAAAAAUUGAAUAUUGUGAAAGACUGUGUGAGAAACACCAACCUGUUUUUUGCUCUGGAUGAAAAGAUGUAUCAUUAUUGAUUCAUGAUGUAAAAUUUAGAAUAUACAUUCAAAUUCAGUAACUACCUUUGGGAAUACCCCAAUAUUAAACCAGGAGUCUAAGUUUUGUAUAAGUUUUUAAAGUUGUGCAACUGUUAUAACAUUGAAUUCUUGAAUGAACUUUUUUCUUUCUUUGUACUUUUUCUAUCUUUUUUUUUUUUUUUUGUGUGUGUGAAUUUCUUGGGUUUUAGUCGAGUUUUCUACUUGGCAACUACUCUUUUCAUAAAUACAAGUCGUUGUCCUAUUGAGAAACUAAAAUAAGUCGGAAAUCUCAAACUAUGCGUUUAGCACAAAAAACUUUGGUCCAUAAUUUUUUACUUUCCAAAGAUUGCCAUUUUGUGAAGUUCAUAAAUAGUAUUUCCGACUUGAAACAUAAAACAAAUAAUGUUUCAUAAAAUUAAAUAUUUUCUCUCUUUCAGUGGUGGUACAUGGUUUCAUUUCACCUCUAUAGCACUAAAAUGUCCACUUUUACCAACUUUUUGCACUUAAUGCAGGUGACAAACAAGGUUUCCCAUCUUGAACUGUAAUUAAACUAAUUUUCGAAAAAUUUUUACAAAUGUGGUUUCCACAUUAGGGCAAAAAAAUUUAUGAUUUGGAGAAAAAUCUUGUGCCAUUUAAAAAAAAAUAAAAACCUACCUUAAAACGAUUGAAGAUGUGGUUCCAAAGAAGCACUGUUAAAUUAAAUUUCAACAUGCUUUUAACUAAACUCAAAUCAGUGUUCUCAACAUACUGUUACCAAAGUUCAAUAAAGUUUUAAUUACUAGUUAUAUUUACUUUUUACUAGUGAUAUUUUGUAGAAUGAAACAAAUUACUGGUAUUUUCCUCUGAAUCAGAAGUUGAACAAAUUCAUUCCAAAUCUAAUUAUUUUAAAAAAAAUAAAAAAGAGUUAAGUGACAUUGUGUAGAAUAUAUCAGAAUAAAAUAAAAAACUGUUGGGAAUGUAGAAGAGGCAAAAAUGAUAACUUUUUACUAGUGAACGUGUACUGGUACAUAUACAUGGCAUUUUCCCCAGAUUGUCAGGUAACUCCUAAUGCAGCCCUGCAGUAAGGAGGUUCUGACCCAGUCAAGGAGAUUUAAAGUAUCUGCGUAAGAUGUUGGCUAACAUUUAGAGACAAAUAUAAUGUGUAACUCCUUGACAUGAAAUAAUCCACUGUAUGCUCAGUGGCAAAAAGUCAUCAUGUUCAACACCUCUCCAAGCCUUAGAAGUUUAUAUUAUUUAUUUUGGGUCUUGGUAAAUUUGGAGAGUACAUUCAGACAUUGCUGGACUUGAGUAAUUUGAUCAGAGUUGUAAUUAACUGUUCCUGAGUAAAAAUACAAAUGAAUGUGUUUCAUUGAAAUCGAUUAGUUUUCAUCAAUGUAUUUUGAGUGAAGGUGAAGAAUUAGCUUACUGAUAAAGCCAUAGAUGCAAUAGUGUGGCGAAACAGUGCCUUCUUGUUGCUAAUGUAGAACAUUUGAGACUAUCACCCUUGUAAAUUUAUGCUUUAGUUUUUAGAAUUGGGUUUGCAGUCCUUGAAUUUUUGGGGAGUAUUUGGCUAUUUUUCCUUCUGUAUCUGUCAAAAGUUAUGACAUUGAUAAUUGAAUAUUAUAAUCCAAAAUCCAUCAAUCUUGCUUAUUUAAAUUGGAAUAAAUCUCUUUGAAAUACUUUUACUUUUUGUUAUAAUUGGGUAAAUAAAAUUUCUAGGUGUAAAUACUACAGUAUUAGGAUUUGGAAUUGAUAAUCUGCCAGUGUUCAUCAGUUAAUUGCAAGUUUGGUUCAUUAUUGGGCGAACUAUAAUUCAAUAUUUUUAAAUGGUGUGCUGAGACAUUUGUUUUUGAAUGUGUUCAUACAUAUGUGCAUGCAUCCAUUCAGUUCAUAUGUUUUGAAGACAUCUGGUUAUCACAAAAUAAAAAUGGCAAUUCUUGAAAAAAACAAAUAAAACAAAUCGCUUGAAAAUUGAUUUGCAGGUUCAAGAAGUCACCUUAAGACUUUAUCAUAUCUUGGUUAGAAAAAUUGUCUAAAUAGAAGCUGGUUCUACAAACUAAUUUCAAAUAAGAAUGAAUUUUACAAUCAUUUUUCUUGAACCAGCUGUUUACAAAUAAAAUUGCAGACACUUUGCUUCUAGUUAGAAUUAAUUAGAUUAAAUUGUUUCUAUUUAUUUUUGGCAAUUAUUAUUCAUUGUUUAAAUCUGUUGAAUAGGCUACCUUUACACAAAUAUAAAUCUAUGGAGGAGGAUAGUAAAAUUAUGAAUGAGUAUUAUCGGGUGGAAACGGGAGAGAAUUUUGUGCAUUGGCAACCAACUUUCAGCAUGUGUAAGCAUGCCUCAGGCUGGAAUUUUCAUGAGAUAAUGUGAACAUUUUAAUAAAUAUUCAAAUAUCAAUGUCAUUGUUUAAUGUUCCUUUCCUUCUGUCGUUUGCUAGCUAUUGACACUCGUGGAGUAAGAAAGAUCUCAUAAGAUUUAAUUUAUGUAAUAUUGUGUACAUAUAACUUCUGAUUAAAAUUAUGUUACUACAGAAUCAACUCUGCAUAUAUUCUGGAAGCAGAAGCGAACACUGUAGAGUUCCACAAAGAAUAUGUUUACCUUAGUUUAAUCACAUUGUGUUGUCUGUCAGGGUAUAGUCAUGAGAAGAUAUUUCAAAAUAAGCAAGGCCGAAGUUUUGUAUAUGCGUGUAUUGGAGAGAUGCAUGUUGUGACCAACACAGUUUUGCGUAAUAGCUAUAAGCACAACCAAUUAUAGUAAAUUAUUUAAGAUGCAAGAUGUAAGUUUCACUUCAGUUGGUUUAUUGUCACUGGUGUAUAUUUCCUUAAAUGUUUUAAUAUUUUUUUAUAUUAGAUGUAGUGUAAUUUUUUUGAGUCAUGCUAGAAUAUUCUGAUCAUAAUAGCUGUAAGUUCCAAGAGGAAUUUGUCAAAGCCUGUUUCACGCAAGUGCAGUAUUUACUGCUCUAUAUGUGUGCGUAUUGCCUCGAGCUGUCGUGCACUACCAUACUACAGUAAUUAUUUUUAUGAAUUAGAACUGUUUUCAGAUGUAGGUGUAGAGUUGUAUAAGAUAGCAACAAAUUUAUAUUUAUAAAUGAAGUGAAUGGAAGAUGUGAACCAAGCAUCUUCAUAUCAAUUCUUAGAAGCUAUAAUUAGACUAAACUUUGGAAACACUAUAGUCUAGAGUAAAAAUAUACAUAUUCACAUAAAAAAGCUUUUUAUUUUAUUUUUCCUCUCAACUACUUUCUUGGCAAGCGCUGUUUUCAAAAGGGAUAUGUUUCCCGUUUUCUCAUGUAACCACAGUGAGCUGG